AGAGGCACAUUGGCGGGGGAAAGUUCUUUUCGUGUGUGACUCCCAGGAGCGGGUUUGUAGAAGGCUGUGGGUCCUAACAGCAGAGUUACCAUAGUUUUCGGCAGGCUUCUAUCAGUUUCCAAACAAUGAAUACAGAAGACAGCUAUGAUGCUUUGGAUCCUGAAAAACUAAUUCAGUGCCCCUAUGACAAAAGUCACCAAAUCAGAGCUUGUAGGUUCCCCUACCACCUUGUCAAGUGUCGUAAGAACCAUCCUGGGAUUGUGGAACAGCUGGUCACUUGCCCAUUUAAUGCUCGACAUCAGGUGCCCAGGGAUGAAAUCAGUCAACACAUAUCAAGCUGUGAUGACAAACGAUGCAUUGAGCAGGACAUCGCAAGUCAAGCAGAGAAUAAAAGAAAAGUGAAUGUGAUAAGUUCAUGGCAAUCUCCUCCGUGUGAAGAAGAUUGGGACAAAGAUAUAGAAGACCAAUCAAACACUACCUUCGUUUGGGGCACAAACCGCUAUGCAGUGAACAGUCCAAGAUCCAACCCAAUAAUAGGAUAUAGGAGCCACCUAGCUUCAGGCCUGCGAGCUCCUAGAACUUUGCCUUUCAUUCUGCCAUGGAAGAACUAUGCUGAAAAUUGAAGGCCACGGCAAAAGCUGUUCCUUCCAUUGGCUCUCAAGUAUUCAUUAUCUAUUCUCAUAAAGAUUGAAAUGCCAGCAAAGACACUGAUACCAAGCUGUUUUCUUGUUUGAGGUUGCAAUACUAAAAGAAUUCAAGUUCUUAACUUGAAUAUGGGCCAGUUAACCAUAUAAUUGCCAACAGCAUGUUGCUUAAUAGUUACUAUGAAUAUAGACAUUCACUCCUAAAAGGCUAGUAAAACAAAUAAACUUGGUAUAAAACAAGAAUGAAGAGUAGGAGAAAUUUCCAGACAAUGAAAAUGGUUUACUGUAGGAUUUGAGGACUCUGUAACUUUCUAGAUGUUGAGGUAUAAUUCCUAGCAUUUGUUAUUGUUGGCAAUGCCAGCUGCAGUUCCCAAAAGUUGGAAUCCAUUAAUAUUUGGAAAACCACAUAUUUUCCCCCCUAGUUAAAUGCCUUGAUAUGGCGAGUCAUGAUUCAUCCCCAUUUCCAAGAUGAUAGUUCUGUUUCUUAGCAGAAAAAUCUGAUGCUGCAAUUUGGUUGUCUGAAUGAUUUAUGACAUAUUUUUAGGCCCAGUUUUGUUUUGGUUUUAUUUUAUAGAGUCAAGAAGUAUUGCAGAGUAGCCUUACAGGGGAGAUGGGAAGCAUUUAAAAAUCACGUUGUUUUGUUGUAUUCUUUAUACCUUUGUAGAUGUAAAAACCUGUCUUUGACAAUAUACUUUGACAAAUGAGAUGAUUUCUCUUGCAAAUUUUGCGGUUUGUAUUUGAGAGGAAAUGACAACAUCAAUUGCUUGAAUAAAGAUUUGCAGUUUACUUGAAGAAUUUCUUUAUCAACUCUAGCUAGUUUCAGUGGCAAAAUCCAAAUAACAAAUGUAUCCUUAUUUAGGAAGAUUGUAAUUUUCUGUGUUAAUACAAUCAUUUAGAUGCUGAAGAGCAGUUAUUUCAGUUAGUGGUAGAAUUUCUUGAUCCCUUUUUCUGAUAGUUUCUGCAAAAAUGUUUACUGUGAAACUCAGUUUAAAGGUUUGAACUAAAACUGUUCUCAGUAAUUAAGUUGUUGUGUCUUAAUUUUAUGAAAAACGGAUAAUGCCAGAAGACAACCAUUUGAUGUGGAUGAGGGGUAUUUCAGUCCCACCACUACUUAUUUGACUGUCUCUGGGCAUUGCCACAAGUAGGAAUAAGAACAGAUCUUAUUUCUUUUGUUGUGUGAAAUAGGACUUAACUUGUGUCCCUGAAA